AAUAAACCACAAAUUUGAUAGCCCUAUAUAUUAGUCUCAACUCUGACUCACAUAGAGAGUAAACAAAAUGAAGCCAUCUACAAUCAUAAAAAAAAAUAAAAGUGUAAACAAAUUGAGAUUCGGUCACAGAAAGAGAAAAUCAAGAAAAGCAGCCAUUGCAAACACAAGUAAUAAUCAAAAUGUUAUUACACUCAAGUUGUUAAUCGAUACAAAGAAGAAAAGGGUUUUAUUUGCUGAAGGAGGAAAAUACUUCACUGAUUUUCUCUUCUCUCUUCUCUCCAUGCCAGUUGGUACCAUCAUAAGGCUCUUGUCCACCGAUAUUGGCAUGGUUGGUACCUUAGGAAAACUCUAUCAAAGCUUAGAGAAUCUAAGUGAUACUUACAUCCAAUCUAAUGUCGAUAAGGAUAUUCUUCUUAAGCCAAAGUCUUCUGCCCUAGGACAAUCUUCAAAUCUUCUCUCAUUGACUAAUGAUGAUCAUGAUAUCACAUCUCAUGAGCUCUACUCUUGUGGUAAAAAAUCUAAUAAUUAUUCUAGCGGACUUGGUUCUCAUCGUUCAACCAAAAAAUAUUCUUGUCCUAACAAGUAUGUAGCUGAUGAUCCAAAAGCCACUUGCCCUGAUUGUGGAAGUUUGCUCAAUAAGGUUCUGAAUUUUGUGCCACCCCCUAAUUCUACCGAAGUGGGAUCAUCAUCAUCAUCAUCUUCUAGGUCUAAUGAUGAUGUAGGUAUUGUGAAAGGAUUGGUUACUUAUAUGAUUAUGGAUGAUCUUGAAGUGAAACCUAUGUCUUCUAUAUCAAGCAUUGCUUUACUUAACACUUUCAAUGUUAAGGAGAUUGGUGCUCUUCAGGAGAAGAUUGUUUCGGUUGGUAUCAAUGAGGGUUUGAGAUUGUUGAAGGCUUCCCUGUUGACUAAAACGGUUCUUACUCAUGUGUUCUUGGGGAAUUAGCUACAUAUAAGUCUUCAAUGGGAAACUUAUAUAUAUCCAUCAUUAUUGAUGAUCAUAUCUAUUGAGUUUAAUUAAGAGUUUUUAUUUGUUGCUGUUUAUGGAAUGUUGGUGAAAUGUAAUUUAUACAUAUGUUCUCUUUUCUUUUUGUAUUUCUCCCUUAAGAUAUAUUUUCGAAUAUUGCUAG